CAAUCGACAUCCGCCAAAAUGCCUUCGUGGGCGCCACUGACCGCAGAACAGCUGGAGCAGCGUCGCAUCGUCAACAUCAACCCUGAGACUGUCACCAAUACCGCCUCGACCGAUAUUCCUGGUCAUUAUGGCCCCGCGCAAGACGACACAUGGAACCUCGAGCGCUUCAGAAAUAAUCUCCAAGUCGAGUUCCGUCAGAACGAACAAUUCAACUCGGCCUUCUCCCUCAUUGGCGUAGACGCCAGCAUAGCGAAUGCAUAUCGACGAAUACUGCUCGCCGAACUGCCCACGCUCGCCAUCGAGGAUGUCUUCAUCUUCGACAACACCAGCAUCAUCCAGGACGAAGUGCUCGCACACCGACUUGGCUUGAUUCCUCUCACUGGUGGCAAAGAUGGUCUGCGGUGGAUGCACUGGUUCAAGAAGCCUCCACCUCAGUCCGACUACGCAGCUCGAGCACUGUGGGAGCAGGAGCAAGAAGAGUCGGGUGACACUUCGUCAUCCGUCAACUCAGACUUCAACACUGUCGUCAUGACCCUGAACGUGACGUGCAGGUGGAAGAAUAAGGAGGAGGAUGGCAUUGACGGCAAGAAGGUGGCACAGGAGGGCAGCACAGAUCCCACCGAGAAAUAUGUUAAUUCGAAUGUCUACGCACACCAGAUGACAUUUGAGCCGCAAGGAAAGCUACAAAGGGAGUACUUUGGAGGCGAGAAUGCCAUCCGCCCAGUCAAUCCGAACAUAUUGAUCGCAAAGCUGCGACCUGGUCAGACAAUCAACGUCAGAAUGCACUGCUGCAAAGGCAUUGGUGCGGACCACGCCAAGUUCUCUCCUGUAGCCACAGCCUCAUAUCGCCUACUUCCAGACAUCAAAAUUACCAAGCCUAUCGUCGGCGCAGACGCGAAAGCAUUCCAGAAGUGCUUUCCUCGCGGUGUGAUCGGUCUCGAGGACGACAAGGAAAGCGGCAGCAAGAAGGCUGUUGUCAUUGACCCAUACAAGGACACCGUCAGCAGAGAGUGCUUGCGAUACGACGAGUUCAAGGACAAGGUCAAGCUUGGCCGUAUACGAGAUCACUUCAUCUUCAGCAUUGAGAGCACUGGUCAAUUCGACAGCGACGAGCUUUUCAUUGAUUCUGUGCGGCUUCUUAAGGCCAAGGCCGAGCGUUUCAAGCGUCAUUUGCAGUCCGUUGAGGAUGGUCGAUAG